AGACGUCAAAGAAACGUAAGCUACACAAAGCAGAUACUGGAAACUCGACGAAAAAAAAGCAUAAAAGAAAUGAACUUAUAGACGUAAAUGACCUUGAAUGGUCUGAGGUUACAUAUCCAGAAUCCGUAUUUCUAGGUGGUGAGGAUGAUUUUGGUGGUUUCCUAUGCUUGGAAGAAAUUGAUAACGUUGAUGUGGAGUAUGAAGGAACAGCUUCCCAAGGGAAUACGGUUAGGUUUAAGAAAACUAUAACUAAUAAAGCGACCACUAAAAAAAAGAAAAAUCCGCCUGCAAAACCUCAUGAACCAUUACCUACAGAAGAGUUACCAAAGUAUUAUGAUUUGGACACAUUUGAUGAACAAUUAUUAUCAAAUAGUCAACAUCAAUAUCGUGAUGUAGCACCUGUCUCUUUUUCUGAUGUAAAUUUGGUGUCAGAAGAAGAUGGUGAGAGUUUUCAACCUGGAAAUGAAAAUAAAAUUGGAGAAAAUUCGAAAUCAGAAGAAAUUGAGAAAACUUCUGUUCUUGAAAUAAAAAAUGUGGAAAAUAAAAAUUUAAACGAUGGUGAAUAUAUUGACACUCAUAUAGAUAUCUCUGCCUGGAAAGAAUUUAACCUGUCUUCAUCUAUAUUGAACGGAUUGAAAUCUCUCAAGUUUGAAAGACCAACACCAAUUCAAGAAAGGACUCUUCACGCAGGUUUGAACGGGCGAGAUGUAAUUGGUAAGGCAGAAACAGGGUCGGGAAAAACACUCGCCUUCGGAAUUCCAAUAUUGGAGUAUAUAAUAAAGCAAAAAAAAGAUUCAGAAAAACAAUUGGCGGCACUCAUUCUGACGCCAACAAGAGAAUUGGCUAUGCAAAUUAAAAAUCACCUUGAAAGUGUUGGCAAAUUCGCUACAAACAAUAUAAUGACAAUUGUGGGUGGCAUGGCAAUUCAAAAGCAAAGGCGAUUACUUGAAAAGAAUCCUAAUAUAAUUGUUGGUACUCCAGGACGAUUAUGGGAACUUUUAUCCGAGAAUGAUGAGUAUCUAAACGCAAUUAGCCAUAUUCGAUUUUUGGUUUUGGAUGAAGCAGAUAGGAUGUUAGAAGCUGGGCAUUUUAAAGAACUGAAUUACAUACUUUCAAGAUUAUCGAGGAAUAAAAACGAACGGGAUGAUAAUAAAAUAAUACUAGAUGAUACAAAAGAUCUCCCUCCAAGACAAACAUUUAUAUUCUCAGCUACUUUAGAUAAGAAUUUAAAAAAUGAGCUAAAACUGAAAAAAGUACAUAAUGAGGUUUCAAAUUCGCAAGGAACGAUUGCUGAACUGAUGAACAGAAUCGAAUUCAGAGAUUCUAACCCAUUAUACGUGGAUAUUACACCAAAAGGUUCUGUUGUAGAAACUCUGCAAGAGUCGAAGAUUGAUUGUUUAAUUGGAGAAAAGGAUUUAUAUAUGUAUUAUUUCAUUACACGAUAUCCCGGAAGAACUCUUGUGUUUGUGAACAGUAUUGAUGCGAUUCGUCGGUUGAUCCCGAUAAUGCGAUUACUUAAUAUAGAGGUUUUUGGUCUUCACGCUCAGAUGCAACAAAGACAACGGUUAAAAAAUUUGGAUCGGUUCAAGCAAAAUCCUAAUGCGGUUAUGGUUGCUAGUGACGUAGCAGCCCGAGGACUCGAUAUUCCGCUUGUUGAGCAUGUAAUACAUUAUCAGUUGCCACGUUCUGGAGAUAUAUAUGUUCAUCGAAGUGGCCGCACAGCUCGUGCGCAUAAUGAAGGUGUAAGUUUGAUUUUAUGCAGUCCAGAAGAAUCAAUUUUAUACCGAAAAAUUUGUCAAGAAUUAAAAAAAACUGAUGGGAUAGCUAACUUUCCUAUCAAUCGUGGAAUAAUAAAUGCCAUGAAACAACGCAUUGAUUUUGCAAGGCAAAUAGAUCAAGAAGAACAUAAAUUGCAAAAGGCAUUUGCGGAUGAUCUAGAUGUGGAUUUGGACGAUAGUCCUUUCAAAAAGAUUAAUAAAGGGAGAAAUAAUAAUGAUUCCGCUAAAUAUAAAAUUCAAACAUUAAGGCUUCAGUUAAAAGAAUUAUUAUCUCAACCAUUAGUUCCACGUGGAAUUUCUACUAAAUAUUUAACAAGCGGCAUUGUACGUGAUUUAGCUGAUAGAUUGUUAGAUAGUUCAUCAUGUAAUUCUAAAAUAUUGGGAGUACAAAAAUCCAAAGCAACUGAAGAUUUGAAAUCAAAGAAAUAUUACAAAAAAACUUCCUUUAAAAAAUAA